ACCGAAAAGGGGACGUUGGAUUCGUGGUUCCUACCCUGUCUUGACACUUUCCUUUGCUCUUCCGUUGUUGUUUUUUGAGGUAUGCAACGAGCUACGAAUUUAUUUGAAGAGACGAUUAGUUUUUGAGUUUUUUCCUUUAUACCCUUUGGAUUAUAGCUUUUGGAGGAGAGAUAACUGCUUUUGGGGUGUCUGUCGCAUUUUGCAGGGUUUGGUUGUGAAGAAGUACGAGAGGAAUUGGGAAUUUGAGGGGUGACCAUGCGAUAAAGGAGUUUGGACGAUACAGCUCGAUAUACCUUUUCAGAGGACUUCGCAGACGGACUUCGCGACAACGAAGAUUUUGGGGAGAUAUUGGGAAGGAGAAUUUGAUUGUUAGAGGGUCGGAAGAUAAGAGAGGGGAGGAUGCCUAGUAGAGGGGAGAGAGAACCGCGGAAGCAUAGGAGUAGGUCGAGUCAGAAUUUGGGUUAUGGAGGGUAUGAUGGACAACAGGGAGAUGGUUAUGAAGGUGGAUAUGGAAAUGAGUAUGGGCAGGAGAGGAAGAGAGAGAAGGAUAGGAAGGAGAAUAGAGGAUCGAGGGGUUAUGAUGAUGGGCUCGUGAAGGAGAAGAACGCUGCCGCUGGAAGAAGAUAUGAUGUCCAGGCCCCUGAUGCUUCGAUUGUUUUGGAAGGCUACAGAGCGGACAUUUUGAAUGGGUUUGAGGAGCCACAGACGCGGUACAAUCCGGCAAAUACGGCGCAUCCGCAAAGUUCUAUGUUACUCAAUAUCAACGAUCCUAUACAAGUACAUUUGUUAGUGGAAACAGCGUUAUGGGAUGCGAAGGAGUAUGAAAUUCUGUCUCCAGAAGAAGUCGACGAUCUGAAGAAACAAUGCCAGUCCCUGAACCAACGAAUCCAGACUGCGCGACAAAAUCUGGUGGUCCACUCGAAAUAUCGCGAUGCGGCUCGUUCUAUGACAAAAUUAUAUCCGGAUAAGAAGAAGAGUGUGGAUUUGAAUGAUCCCAAUAAACAGAAACGCGGUAUAUUUGGAAAUAGGAAUAGAAGCAAUAGCGAUCAGGUUCGGGAAGCUGAUAUAGAGCGCGCGGCCAGUGAAAAGAAGUGUGAAGACUUGGCGGCCGAGUUAUGGUCUCUGGAAAAGAGAUUGAUUGAGCCGGAGCAUCGAUUACUGAAGCACACAGCGGGUAUUCUUCAGAUGACGCAUAAGGGUCCGAAAAGAGAUACAGGGGGAGAUGAUUCUCGUCAAGGUGGCAUACCCCCUGGAAGUCCGGAAAGUAUGUAUACAUAUCAUAAUGCUAGGAACAGUCUUGAAGUGAUCGAGGAUGAAUUUGAUGAAAGGAGCUUGUACCGACAAUUGGAUCCUUUGGAUAUAUCUUUCGGUGCUUUUGGCAUGAAUCAGGCAUUGGAAACGCCGUCUACAGAAAGGUCAAAAGAACAUAUGCAACUCAUUACAACUACUGAACAGAAAUUGGAGGAUCUUAAUUCUGCUUUGAGAGAAGUAAUUAUUAAGGCCAAUCCUGACCAUGAUGCAAGCCAUAAUCCAGUACCACUUGCAAGAACCAACGCUCAGGGAAAGCCAACUCAGCCUGGAGAAACUUUACAAAGUCAUCUUGAUUAUUUGGAGAAGGGUAUCGCUACUCUUGAUUUAGAGUAUACCGCUUCCAAGCGACAAGCAGAUGAAUUAAAUGCUUCUAUGGAAGAUACUUUGGAAGAGUUGAAUCGCGAGGUCAGGGGUCUCCUUUCUCCUACACACCCAGAAUUACAAGAGCCGCCAGCAAUCACCGGGCAACAAACUGGCUUGAGGGAGCAAUUGUACUAUUUCCAGGAUAUUAUUGCUUCGGUAGAAGAGGAGCUUACGAAGGCUGCUGAAAUAGUUGCUAAUCCUCCAGUCAACAAAAGUAAAUCUGGAGAUAGUGAUCAAAUGGAAGCCGUGCUCAUGGGUCUGUGGGAUAUCAUACAAUCCGGAGAAGAGGAAAUUCGAAAACAGAAGCAGGAGCGGAGACAAAUCCGUGCGGCGAAUGGUCGUGUUCCUCGGGAUGAUUCUGAUACUGGUUCUGAGAUGGGUGAUCCAAAUGAACCAUUUACACUUCAAUCAUUCUCUGCCAAGGUACAGUGGCUGUAUUCUUCGGCUACCAAGUUGAAGGAGCAUAAGAAGGUUCUUCAGAGACAAAUCAAACAACAGCGAGAACUGAAUAACAAGUCCGAUGCUCAGAAGGAUGCCGAGCUUGUGAGCAAGCAAGAAGAGCUUGACAAGACUAUAGGUCUUCUCGAGAGGACUGAACGCAAUGCUGCCGAUCUCCAAGAACAACUCAGUAGCGUCAUGACUGAAUUGAUGAAAGCUAGACAAGCAGAUAAGAUGGAUACCGAGGCGCAAGCUAAGGAUUCCGCUGCCCUUCGAGAACUACAAGAACAGCUUGCCGAAGCCCGUCGUCUACAUGAAGAAGAGCUCACCAAUUCACAUCGUGAAGCUUCCGAGCGAAUUGGUAGUCUUACUGAUGCGCAUCGUGAUUCACAAGAACAACUUGCAAUCGCGGCUCGUGAUUCGCAGGAACGAAUCGCUGGCCUGGCAACUACUAAUCGAAAUCUUGAGGACCAGCUCGCUUCUGCCAACAAAAAGAUUGAUGAAUUGGAAAGUGAACUCCAGGAACUCAAAGAUGAUAAUGGUAUCAAUAGUGCCGAUGUGACAAGCAAGUUAAGUGGUCAUGAGGCUAGAAUUGCGGAGUUGUCGACUGCUGUAGCUGCAGCGGCUACGACUAGAGUUGCUCAUGAGAAUUCCCUUAGAGAGAAGGAUAGGUUAUUGGCAGAGAAAGAAAAGGAGGUGGAAGAUAUCAGUAUGAAGGUUGCAGAAUUGCAAACGGAAGUUGUUAUUGCGAGAGCAGAACUCGAUGGUGCAUACGGUUCACGAGCUCAGCGUGCUGCAGAAGUUGCCUCGAAUCCAGCCAUUCAGAGGGAAAUUGAUGCUAUGACAAACAAGAAUAAGGCGUUACAAGAACAGAUGGAUGCACUUCAUAAUAAAAACUUCAUGCUUCAAGGCGAGAUUGCGGAACUCCAAGCAGCCAGAUCUCCUGGACCAACAGCCAAUGGCGCGGAAGCGGAGGCGAAGCUUAAGGAACUUAAAAAGGAGCUUGAAGAGACAAUAGAAGAGUAUGAAAUUAUGACCAAAGCGUCGAUUGAAUGGGAAAAGGAGAGAGAGAAGUUGGAAGCAGAUAUUGAUAAAUUGAGGGAUGAGAAGGAAAAUCUUGAGAGUCAAUUGAGUGAUGAGAAGGUUAGGAAUUUGGGGAUGAGGAGCCCUGGGGAUGGAAGCGUGACGCCGACUAUGAAUAAUACGAGCACGACGGUGCUGAAGAAUGAGUUUAAGAAGAUGAUGAGGGACUCGAGGGCGGAGGGGCUGAGGGCUUUGAGGGCUGAACAAACGGAGAGGAGAAGAAUUGAAGAAGAAUUGAGAGCAAUUAAAAAGGCGCAGGGUCCGGGUAGAUCGCGCUUGAGUCAGACUGUUUCUUGAUUAUCGCUAGAGGUUUUGGAAUUUGAUGAUUAUACCUUGGGCUCUUGAUGCAUGGGAGAUUGAGCGAGGAAAAGAAUAAUGGAUUCAGCAUGUUAGAGUGUAGCGAGCGGAAAUGGAUGCAUUGGUUUAGGUAUACGGGUUUGAAAACUAAUAUUGAUGAUGACAUUUUGGAGGAUGUCUCAAGCGCAGUCAUUGUAUUGUUAAAGCGGAUGCGCAUGGGAAAAGGAAGAGGAUGGGUCGGUGGAAUUUUUUGAUAGCGUUACUGUUAGCUGGUUAUGCUGUGAGCGGAAUAGUGCACUGGGUUGUUUGGUUGCAUUGGUUGGAGUAGUGGGUUGAGGUAGUAGGUAUUACACUAGGAUUAGAUUACUCCUUUUUUUUUAUAGAUGAA